AUGUGGUGGAGGCGGGGCCAGCAGGGUAGAAUUCCGGGCGUUAAAUGGGAGGUUUAGGACCCACCAUCAGGCUGUGAGACCCUCGGAUCUGCGCCUCUGAUUGUGCCUGUCCAGUUGCAGCUGCCACAGGUUUUUGAAACAUGCAUCCUUCACUCUUCCUGGCCGCCCUUUGCCUGGGAAUAGCUUCAGCUGCUCCACAAGUCGAUCCAAAUUUAGAUGCACAAUGGUUCCAGUGGAAAGCGGCACAUGGGAAAAUAUAUAAUGUGGAUGAAGAAGGAUGGAGGAGAGCAGUGUGGGAGACGAAUCUGAAGAUGAUUGAACAGCACAAUCGGGAAUACAAUCAAGGGAAACACAGCUUCACAAUGGCAAUGAAUGGCUUUGGUGACAUGAAGACCAAUGACGAAUUCAGGCACACAAUGAAUGGUCUUAAAAUCCAGAAGGGUAAGAAUGGAAAAGUGUUUCAAAUACCUUCGUUUGUUGGUAUCUCUGUACCUGUGGACAGGAGAGAGAUGGCCGAUGGAAAAACAGGGGACACUUGAUGUCAUCGAGUGAAAGUGGCACUGAAGAGUAAAGAACAUGUGAAUAAUCACAAGUUAAAUAAAAAGAGAAGGAAGCAAAA